GGGAGUCAAACUGAUCAGGUUCAACUUAGAGCUUUGCCACCUGCCAGCUCGGUGACAUAGGUGAGCAACUCCUUUUCCUUUGAGCCCGGGUGUCCUACUCUGCAAACCGCCUGUGACAGCAGUGCCUGCCUGCCUGCCUGAUAGGAUCCCUUAAAGGAUAAAACAGGAUAAGCAUGCCCUGUGAUGUCCUUCAGAAAACAGCUGCUUCUGAACACGGCGGGUGGGAGGCGGGGGAACCCUCAGGGGUCAAAAGAGGAGAAGUCAGACUUCCCAUAGUCUCAGAGAUGAAGGGCCUCAUCACACUGGCUUGGCUCCUGGUUUUCAGUGCGCCUGCUGCGCUGGGAGGCAUCAUAGAAAUGAACCAGAUGAUCGAGGAGGUGACGGGAAAGAACGCCGUGAUCGACUACGGCUUCUACGGCUGUUACUGCGGCUUGGGCGGUCAGGGGACCCCCAAGGAUGCUACCGACCGGUGCUGCUCGGAGCACGACCGCUGCUAUGAUGUGCUGCAGAAGAAAGGCUACGACACCUGGUCGCGCUAUUACAAGUACAGAUACUCACGGGACGAGAUCACCUGCGAGCCUGGGCCCCGCCACCAGGUGGAGCUCUGCAAGUGUGACCAGCAGUUGGCCUACUGCCUGAAGAAAAACCUAAACAGCUACAACCCUAAAUACAGAUACGUCUUCAAACUCUUCUGCACCUAGUGACCCUCAGUGAGCCCCUCCCAGAUCAUGACUUUCGUCGCCCGCUUCCUACAACACGCAGCUUUCCACCUCUGAGCUCCUCAGAGGGGCUCCCUGGUCUUGCCCCUUGAUUUUUCCUGCCGGUCCGCUGGCCUGGGAGGAGCCCCAGGGCCACCCUUCCCGCCCCACAGAAUCCCCAGAGAUUGACUCCGGUCAUGGGACUCGACAAAGUGAAGGUCCCUGGCCUCUCCACGUGUGAGGUCCGUCCUUCAGGUGCCCAGAGCUCCCUCUUAAUGCCAGGCCCAUCGCUGUCGACCCUGAAGACAGAGCCCAGUCUCCGGGAGGAAGGCUUCCCUGGGGAGCAUUUACUUCUCAGUUUCUCCUCAACAAGAAGCAAAAUGAACGCCAUAAAUCCAACAUGGGAAUAUUAAACAAAAUGCCUCCUCAAGAGCAAUAGCAAACCACACAGGCGUUUUUCUCUGCUGUGGGGGGUUUCAUGCGCCUUUCUCUGUCUCUGGGCUGCUAACCCAAAGGUGACCAUGCCCUCCGAGACAGAAGGUUUUCUGAGAUGAGUGUCAGGCCUACUUUGGGGCUUAUCUCCUUAAAUCUUGGGGGUCCUCUGGAGCCGGGCAUUGGGUCUCAUUUUUCCUUGAGGGGUUGGGGAGAAGAUAAUUGACAGUUCCACCAGCGGGGGAUUCCAGGCCAGAGAGGGCCACGUUCAACUCUCGCGAGGUUUGGCUCCUCCAGCUGGGCGAGGCCAACCCACUUCUGAACCCCUCUGACGUCGUCCUUUACAAAAAGAAACUGUGGAGUCUCACGCCGUGUAACUGGGAAGCCUGAAGCCGCCUGGAUGCUGGGGUCCCGGCGUUUCACGGAGCAGAACGGGUUUUAAAAUAGGUUUCAGCGACGAGGUUUAUUUUUAUCAAGUAAGCACAUUAAGAAACCCAGCUCAUCUAGUAAUUCAGGAGAACACCCAGACAGCAGGAAGAAAGGGCAUAUUUUAAAACAAAGGAGAGUCCUACCCGAGAAAAGACCUUUGGCUCUCUUCCACCGACGAAUCCCAAAAUAGCCACAUGCUAAACGGGAUCUAUGUUUAAAGCCUCCAAUGUUAACCAGUUUCAAAAUCAAGUUUGGUUUUUUGAAUGCCC